CAAGAACAACAUGGACGUGUUGCAUGGAGAAGGAGUGCAGGCUAUUUUAUGGCUUCAGAAGACUUUGGGCUCUCAUGCUGAUAUCUUAUUAUUUCUAAGUCGUGUUGGUGACCCAGGCWCUAUUCUGCUGUAUUUUCCUAUCACAUUAUAUGCGAACAAAGCCUUGGGAGUGAUGGUGUUGUGGGUCGCUGUGAUGGCUGAAUGGACGAACCUUGUGCUAAAAUGGUUCCUCAGAGGAGAGCGUCCAUACUGGUGGAUUCAUGAAACUGAGUCAUAUAAAAACUUGGUGYUAACUCAAUAUCCCCUGACAUGUGAGACAGGACCCGGAUCACCAUCUGGUCAUGCAAUGGUUUCAACAGCAGUUUUUUUCACAAUAUUGUUGUCCAUUAUUAUACAAAUUAAGAAACAUCUUCACUCAUAUCCAAUUCUUUGUAGACUGGUCUGCUGUGCAUUGUGGAUAUGUUUUAUUACUUUUAUCUCACUAGUUUCAUUAUCAAGAGUUUUYAUCGCMACACAUUUUCCUCAUCAAGUCAUUGGAGGAGCUUUAGGAGGAAUUGCUAUCUCUUACGCAGCUCAAAAAUAUACCAAUACUUUUAUGAAAAUGACCCUAGAGAGUUGUAUGAUCAUUUCUUUCAUGCUUAUUGUAUCAACUCUUAUAAUUUAUACAAUUCUUUCUCGUGCAGUAUUUGACCCUUCAGAAUCUGUUCAGAAGGCCCAAAAAUGGUGUGCAAAUCCAGCCUACAUUCAUAUUGAAACACRACCAUUCUUUGCUCUUGUUAGAGAUUCAGGUGCRGCUCUUGGUAUCGGUYUAGGACGUUGGCUUUGUAAAACAAAYGGAUUAGAWAGUAGCAAAGUAAAGGGUUUUCUUGAAAUAGGUGCAGAGAUUUUAUUGUCUUUGCUAUUGAUUUUCCCUUUGAAGGCCUUCAAACUGUCUUUUACAAGUGAWSUGAUGUCUUAUGUUUUUGGUUAUUUCAAGAGUGCUUUGAUUGUUGUGUUGGUGUUCUUUUUUGUGCCUGCCAUUGUCAAUUUUUUUGCAGGAAUUUUUAAAAGAACUAAAGACAAAAGUGUUUARUAUAAUAAUUGWAUAUUGAARUAAAACAGUAAAAAUUGA